AUGACGUCUCCGGCCAAAUUCCGAAAGGACAAGGAGAUCGUGGCCGAAUAUGAAACUCAAGUCAAAGAGAUUCGUGCCCAGCUGGUGGAGCAGCUGAAGUGUCUGGACCAGCAGUGCGAGCUACGAGUGCAGCUGCUCCAGGACCUGCAAGAUUUCUUCAGAAAGAAGGCGGAGAUCGAGAUGGACUACAGCCGCAACAUGGAAAAGCUGGCCGAGCGCUUCCUGACAAAGACGCGCAGUACCAAGGACCACCUGCUGAAGAAGGAGCAAAGCGUCUUAUCGCCGGUCAACUGCUGGAACCUGUUGCUGCUUCAAGUCAAGAGGGAGAGCCGCGACCACGCCACGCUGUCUGACCUCUACCUCAACAAUAUCAUCCCCCGCUUCGCUCAGAUCAGCGAGGACUCGGGACGCCUUUUCAAAAAGAGCAAAGAGGUUGGCGUGCAGCUGCAAGAGGACUUGAUGAAGGUCCUGAAUGAGCUUUAUUCGGUGAUGAAGACGUACCACAUGUACAACACGGACAGCAUCAACGCCGAGUCCAAGCUGAAGGAGGCCGAAAAGCAAGAGGAGAAACAGAUGGGGCGCUCCGGUCGCCAAGACGACCGCCAGACGCCUCGCUCGCCAGACACGCUCGCGAGCAUUAAGGCUGAGGACAAACCCAUCCGUCGCUCCAGUGUCAAAAAAAUUGAAAAGAUGAAGGAGAAGAGACAAGCUAAGUACACAGAGAGCAAGCUAAAGGCCAUCAAGGCCAGGAACGAGUACCUCCUUGCUCUCGAGGCCACCAACGGCUGCGUCUUCAAGUAUUACAUCCACGAUCUCUCGGACAUCAUUGACUGCUGUGACCUGGGCUACCACGCCAGCCUCCACCGAGCCCUGAGGACCUACUUGUCAGCAGAACAGAAUGUGGAAGUGUCCAAGCACACGGGUCUGGAGACCAUGGAAGGUGCCGCUGAAAGUCUGGAGCCCAAUGGGGACAAACAGAAGCUCAUGGAGACGUACAACAACGUUUUUUGCCCACCGGCGCGCUUUGACUUCCAGUCGCACAUGGGGGACACGAUGGGAAUUAUGUGUGCUCAGCAACCACUGGAAGGUGAACUCCUCCAGAGGUGUCAGCAGCUUCAGUCCCGCCUCUCCACGCUCAAGAUAGAGAACGAAGAGGUAAAGAAGACCAUGGAAGCCACUCUGUCCACCAUCCAGGACAUGGUGACGGUGGAAGACUACGACGUGUCCGAGUGCUUCCACCACAGCAACAGCAUGGAGUCCGUCAAGUCGACGUUCAGCGAGUCCUAUCUCAGCAAGCCCAGCCUGGCCAAGAGGCGGGCCAACCAACAAGAGACGGAACAGUUCUACUUUACGAAGCUGAAGGAGUUUCUUGAAGGCAGGAACCUGAUCACCAAGCUCGAGGCCAAGCAUGACCUCAUUCAGAAGACCAUAGGAGAGAGUCAGAAGACCGACUGUUGCCUUGCCAGUGGACGGCGAAACUCAGCAUUACGGAAACAGGACGCAGGUGAGGCCAUCCCUCUGAUCGUUGAGAGCUGCAUCCGUUUCAUCAGUCGCCAUGGUCUGCAACACGAGGGCAUUUUCCGGGUAUCGGGCUCCCAAGUGGAGGUCAAUGACAUCAAGAACGCCUUCGAGCGAGGCGAAGACCCGCUAGCGGGAGACCAAAAUGACCAUGACAUGGACUCCAUCGCCGGUGUUCUCAAGCUCUAUUUCAGAGGACUGGACCACGCCCUUUUUCCCAAGGAAGUGUUCCAUGAUCUCAUAACCUGCGUCUCCAUGGAGAGCCUCCAGGAGCGCGCCGUCCACAUUAAGAAAGUGUUGAAAUCUUUGCCGAGCAAAACCCUCAUCAUCAUGAGAUACCUGUUUGCCUUUCUCAAUCAUUUGUCCCAGUACAGCGAGGACAACAUGAUGGACCCUUAUAACCUCGCCAUCUGCUUUGGCCCCACCUUAAUGUCUGUGCCGGAGGGUCACGACCAGGUGUCCUGCCAGGCCCACGUCAACGAACUCAUUAAAACCAUCAUCAUCCACCAUGACACCAUCUUCCCGAGACUGCAAGACUUGCCGGGCCCCAUCUACACCAUCCCUGGAGCCGGUGAUGAAUUCUGUGACAUUCCACACUGCGAGCCCCCCCUUGUCCAAGAGCCGGCUCCUGACGCCGUGUCCGUCAGCCGCAACAGCGAAGACGGCGCCUUGGCUGUUUCAGAGUCCGACCCGGUCGAAGCCAUCGCCCGUUUCGACUAUUCCGGCCGGACCGGCCGCGAGUUGUCGUUCAAGAAGGGCGCCUCGUUGCUUCUGUAUCAGCGAGCGUCCGACGACUGGUGGGAGGGGCGACACAAUGGCGUGGAUGGAUUGGUGCCGCAUCAGUAUAUUGUUGUCCAAGACAUGGCCGACAGUGGUCGUGGAAGCCCCAAAUCUGAUGUGGACCAGCAUGAGGAGAGGGUUUCAACCAGAGGCAGUGCUGCAUCUCCUACCGGCGCUCAUGUGGCUGACAUCUACCUGGCCAACCUCAACAAGAUGAGGAAACGUCCCGAGGCCGGAGGCAUCAGAAGAACAUUCCGUAGCUCGGACAGCGAUAGUCCAGGAGCUAGCGGUGGCGUGGGAUCGGUGAGGACCGCGUCGCUUCCUGUGGGUAGCGUUCUGGUGAAGGACUCUGCGGACAAACGACCCGUUAGCGCUCACAGUAUCCUCAACUCCAUUACGCGCCACUCUUCGCUAAAGGCCAAGGUGGAAAGCCCCCAGCUGCGUAAGUCUACUCCGGCGGGACGUUCCAAGAGCUUCAGCAACCAUAGACCUCUGGAACCGGAGGUCAUAGCCCAGGUGGAUCAUAGUUCACAGGACAUCGAGGCGGCAAUGAGCUGCGCUCUGAAUGAGCUGAGAGAGUUGGAGCGACAGAGCACGUCCAAGCACACCCCGGACGUGGUGCUCGACACGCUGGAGCAGUUGAAAGGCGUGAGCGGCGGCGGAGGAGGAGCUUCGGAACCAUCCAGCCCGCUCCACUCCCGCCUGUUACGGGACGGCGAGGGAAGCUCCCCGCACGCCCACCCGCUUCAGCGCAGCGCCUCUUCGGCCAGCGACGUGCCCUCUUCCUUCCGGGCGGGCAAAAGCCAGCCCAGGAGCCCCCUUCCUUCCGCCGCGUCGCCUUCCCUGUCCUCUUCCUCGCUCUCCUCGUCGGUCCCUUCCUUCCGAGAGCCGCGUCCCCCGGCGACCAGGCCCAAGCCGGUGGUGUUCCCCAAGAGCGGCGGAGGGAGCGGCAGUCCGGCCACGGGGUCCCCGACAUCCGCCGCGCCCCCCACGCCCUCCUUGCCUCACGCGCCUCCUCCGCCUCCUUCGUCACAGUCUCAUGACAAAUCCUGCCCGGCUUAG